GGCACCGUUGUUCGGUUGAUGACUUCUGCUCGAAACGUCGUAGGGUGCGGCGCAGAGCUCAGCGCAUGAUCGUCGCCGAUAAAGAAGCUGACAUACGAGAGGACCUACGUACAGAUGCAUGCUUUACUUGUAUUGACAAACAAGUGAUUUGGUCAACAGCAGACACAGUCACUACUGUAACAGCAGCUACGAGCAAUUCACUAGAGCCUGCAAUAACUAGGGCAAGGCUUCGGGUCCAUCUUCCCCCCUGCCAAUUCCAUGUUUCUAUUGUCCGGCCCUCAUAGAUGAACUGAGAUCUUUAUCGAAGAAAACGAUUGCUCGUAACGUUUUUCUUUCAUUUUCAGCCCGCUCGAGCUGUUGUUGUUGUUGUUUCGAUUGUCGCUGUUGCCGUUUGUUGUAGUCCUGGUAUUGGCGAUAUACGUAUGUACUAGAACGAUGCAUGAUGGCAACGGUGGUAACAGAAGCGAUGCGGCUGCCGAUCGCAUCGCUGCUAUACUUUCCUUACGAUAGAUGCAUGCGGUGACAGAACAGCUGCCGGCGUUGCUACUAUUUGACCCACAACAACGUGGGACGCGAAUUCGUGUAUAAACUGCACCUGUAAGAAAUGACCCGUUUCUAAACCCGACUAAGGCACCUUAGCAGUUUGCAUGUGCUAACAUUUACAUAUCCAACAUAAAAUAGCAAUUAUUUAAGUUAGAACUAUUCAGUUUAAGAAUACAGAUUUCAUAGACAGAUAAUCACUGCUAUAGUAUAAUGCUAAAGUAGCGACUAUCUAUAGCAUUAUGGGUUACACGUAUGUUUCGUGAAGGAACCUAGUUCAAAAUAGCGUUUUCCUGUUUCCACCAUCUAAAGAAUUAACUUACCAACCGUUGUUUUGCUAACAAACAUCCAUCGGACAGUGUUUUGACUCACUUUUAUAUUCAACGUUGAUACACAAACGGUGUAGGGCUUUUUUUUACUGGAGUAACUCGCUUCAAGUGAGCCACUGCUGGCCUGGGCUUCGGAAUCAGCUUUAGAGCUGAAUUCAUCUCUAUUUUUGGGCUCUGUCGUCAUGCAGAUUACAUCCUGUAACAGCCGUGUAAUGGUGGCGUUGGCUGAACAAUGUUGCUAGUAAUGCAUGCUAUAUGUGACACCCGCGCAUUUCCCUUCGGGGGUCGAGUUUUUGGUGAAGAGCGUCCCAUCUAUUCUAUGUAGCUAACAAGCGGCAUUAAAACUGAAACAUAGACGCGCUGUUAAGUGUAUGGGGGUAUUGCCGCUGCUGCUGGACGAAACAAGAUUUUCUUAAUAGAAAUUUGGCACAAAUCUCAAGGUGUUACGCUUCUCGUAGGCAGGUACUGAUACAUACGUAACCAAAAAAACUCGUGUUAACGUAGUGUUCCGGCAGCGGUCUGUCCCAUGUCAAUGUAUCUGUACAUAACUGUGCAGCAGUUGUAAUAGACACUGCUUUACGGUUUUUUAAUGGCUAUUUUUUAGUACCGGGAUUUGCGUCUACUAUAUAGUUAAUGAGCUUGUUUUAGUUCAAAAGCACCGGCUUAAUCUGUCAUUUUAUGAGAGGCUCUGCUCACUCGAAAGCGUUUACUGCAAACUUGACUACAUGUCGUAUAUACAAAUGUUCACAAUGUGAAGAUUUCGAAAUUCUACUACUAUUGUACGGCAGCCCCACUGCACGCUUGGAAAAGUGGACAGGAUUAUCGUGCUUAAUAAAUGCGUUGAUUUUUUUUAGCUGAUAUCCCACCACUUCGCCCAGCGUAAAAGAUCGCCUUGUAAAUCAUGCUAUCUUAUAAAUAGCCGUAUAAAUAGCCCCCGGCUAACGUAUGGUUAGCUUAGGCAAAACAGGGCGCCGACUGUUUAGAGGCGAUUCCUAGAAGACGGAUAGUUGGCGGUGCACCUGGCCUUUUCCGGUAGACACUGAUAUGCAGUUACCUUGCGUCGUAAGCAAAUUUCUGUCGUUAUGAGCAAUGCCCCCUUGUGGUGACGAUCGGGACUGUGUAGACAAACAGAUGACAGUCAGAAAGCAUCCGAUAUCAGGUGUACCUUUCUGCCGUAUCGCUGAGCAAUACCGAAUUUUCUGUAAGAAACCAGUGAAAAAAUUCGUCCGAAGAAUCAGAGACUUUGCUUCGUUGCGUGCGUGCAAUAUUUUGGAAAAUAAUCAACUAGCUUUUCGCAUAGCCGAAGAACAGUUAGGCAUUCCAGCUUUACUUGACGCCGAAGAUAUGGAAAAGUAUCCCGUCCCGGAUAGGCUGUCCAUUGCUACUUAUGUGUCGCAAUUCUACCAGUAUUUUGAGGGAGGCAUGUCUCGUAUGAAAUCUACUUCCGGUCCCGCCCCAACUAAUUACGCCGUGGUCUCUCCGCCAAGAUCAGCAUCAUCAAAUAACAAUUUCUCUAUGGGGCCACCCACUAAGGAUCCGGUCCUUGUGCAGGCCAAUCCAUGCACUGCCUGUCAUAAGAAAGUUUUCCUUCUUGAGCGGUUAAUCGUUGGGAGCAGACUCUAUCACCGAUCAUGCUUUAGAUGCUGCAGGUGUCAGGCGAUCCUGAGUCCGGGUGCUUAUGGAUUAGCGGAUGACGUCCUCGAUGAAGGCAAGAGUACGCUUGGAGAGCGAUACGAAUGUACCGUUUGCCCACACGAUGAAGGGCCAGAGUUUACAAAGCUUAUGCUCAAGAGUGAACUGGAUGUUACGCGUCGGAGGCUCGAGUCGUUCGAAUCUGGUUGUGCGUCGUCGUCGUCAUCGUCGUCGUCAUCGGAGGACGACGCUUCUUUGGAUUCCUCACAACGAGUAUCGUCAAUGAAAACUAGUCGUGAGCUCGUUAAGACGCCAACGGUACUUGCGGCACAUUCUUCCUCAGGAAGCGAGCCUGAACUCCGUCGAAUUAGCGACAACCAAUGCAAGGAACAUGUAGAGCGACGUCCACCGCUACCAAGGUCACCAAAGCCUACAGUCACCGAUCAGGUUCUGACAUCUUCGGAAGCGCUGCAAACCUCGGAAACCAAAGCUGCGUCUGUACCGGCCAGGCGUAGAGUUGGCGUUUACCAAGGUAAAAUUAAUGUUAAAAAACCGAGUAUUGCACCCAAGCCAAUCGCAUUAGUUACUGGAUUUCGGAAGGAUUCACAACAAAGCAAUCAAAGAAAUAGCGAUAUCCAUAGCAUUGAAAGGGAAAAAGAAAAUACCAAAUGUGAGUCGGAUGAAGCGAGCCAACGACAGCUAGGAAGCGGUACACCUAAAAAUUCCCGAACUCCGUCUCCGACCAAAUCGCUGAAGGAAGCACCAAUCUGUACCACACCGGACAUUGCCAAGUUCCGUGAAAAUCUUCGAAAGACACCGACCGAAGCUGAUCCACUUCCAGAAAGAAGGCUAAGCGUAGGGAGCAAACCAAGUGACAGAGUUUUCAGCGCUGUACCAGUUCCGGAAUCAUUAAACCAGACGGUGAAGGGCGUCCCACGUUCCAGUCUCGACGAACGUCUAAAGAAGCUCUCAAUUAAAAAUACAUCAAAAAAGUUUCCGGCGAAUCUUGGUGAUGGCUUUCAGAGAACCAGCAGUUUAAGAAUAUCACAGAAGUCGACAUUUGAUAAAACAUUGUCUACCAGUGAUGGCGUAUCUCGUCCAAGCGACAUGCGAUAUAAGGGUGUAUUUGACUCCCGGUUGGCCGGCGACGGUAGGUCGAAAUCGCUUUCAUCGUUGAUGCAAACCUCAUCAUCGCUAUCAGGAUGUUCGCAAUUAAUUUUACCAGACAAGCCGCGGCCUAGUCCUAGGAAGUUCGACAGCACAAUGUCGGCCUCAUCGUCGAAUUUCACCACUGACGACACUAAUUACAGAAGUCCAUACGCUGGCCGACGAUCCCCCAGUCCAUAUCUAUUCAUGAACGAGGCUCACCAUACUAGCAAUGAGAAUAGUCAAAAAACACGACAACAGACGAGCCUUCAAGUGCCUACUACCAGUCCUAUGCCAACACAUCACCAAACGACUUCAAUUGUUAAGGUGGAAUCCACUACACCACAAGCGCGUUCCUCUUCGCCGGAUGUUGUAACGGUUGAUCAGACUAAUUCAGCUCGAUGUUCAUCAAAUUUAACUGAAGUAGAAAAGAGUCCUGGACCUCCAAAACCAAAAAGAGGAGUUAUUCGCAAAACAUCCCAAGAUGAUAGUCAGAAAUCUCUGAUAACGUUAAGUACUUCGCAAACGCCUAUCGUUGGAGUCGAAUAUCCAGCAUCUUUGAAUCCGUUCGUUGACGAGGACCGUGAGGAAACGACCACACCCGAAUGUGCAAUAACUCCAUCUGCGUCGGAAAAAUCGAAAAGUGUUCCAGUAGUGCAAGUCAAUAAAGAGAAAUAUCCACAUGAUUUAAACCCCUUCGGAGAUGAUGAAGAUGACGUCGAGGAUCGGCCUCUGUCAGUCAGCGGCUCCGGGGACCAGCAACGGGGCCAGUAUAACAGCAUUGGCAGCCGUGAAAUUAGAACAAGUUUAACACCGGCUCAAUCAGUUGGUCGCACCUAUGAUGAGUCAUUAAAUCCAUUCGCCGAUGGAAGCGAUACGUCCUCUUUACGGCGGACACCUAAGAAGAAAGCACCUGCGCCACCAAAACCUUCACUCACCUCAAUAGAAUUGCGUUCAUCCCGAGGUGAUGCAAUGUCCUCUGGUGUGCCCAUUCCCACAAACGACACACCCUCCGCCAUGCUUAAAGGGGCCCGCCCUGAUGCUCAAACAAACGUGGCAGAGACUUCCUUAAGAAAAAGCUUAACUCCUUCGAUGGUUCUUUCGUCAACUCCUAAAGCGGCUCCUCCGAUGAUGACUGAAGCUCGGCGCAAAAAGAGACCUGCACCAUCGGUACCAGUGCCUAUGCGGCGGGAGUUGCAAGCCGUCAGCUUAAAAGCCAUUCAGGCGGAGAUGCGUGAAAUCGAAAAGAAACAGUUAGAGUUGGAGACGCGCGGAAAAGCUAUCGAACUCAAAUUGAGACAAUUGUCGGUUACACCUCCGAGACAGGAGACUCUGAAGCGGUCAACCCCAAUCCCAAGUGAAUCUGAGGGUACCAGCAGCAGUGGUCGAGCAUCAGAAGAUGGCCCGAGCGAACCAGAGAGGCUGGCGUCUAGUGAACGUGAAGAGGAACUGAUGAUACAGUUAUUUAACCUAGUUCAUGAGAAGAAUGCUCUUUACAGGCGCCAGGCUGAACUUAUGUAUAUCAAGCGGUACCAGCGUUUGGAAGAGGAGCAGAUCGAGCUCGAAUACCAAAUUCGACUGCUAUUAAAUAAGCCACCAAGCCAAAGGACAAACGAGGACGAUGAACGUGAGGCGUCUCUUAUUCACAAAUUGGUCGAAGUGGUUGAACUUCGAAAUGAAGUUGUUGAUGCACAAGAGAUGGAUCGAAGAAGGCUUGGAAGAGAGGAUGAAGAUGCCAGAAGCCAUAGAGCGCUUCUAAUGAACGACAGCGUUUCGCCCAAGUCCAAUCGAAUUACGUUUGUGCCCAAAAAGAAGACGCAAGAUAAAAGAGAAAAGAAACAGAAGGCCAUAAGGGAUUCAACAAACUCGACCAAAAAUGACAAAAGCACAAUUAAAAGGCUCUUUAAGGAGAAAUACAAAACGCUCAAGCACGGAGCAGCUUCACUGAAGAAAACGUAGUAAGUCGUGCCCUUCACGCUAAAAAAGUUUUCACCCGUAGCAGCACGCGUAAAUUGUCUUGUUUUGUUAUAAGCAGGUGGAUUCUUCAGGAUAGGUAGACAAAAUGCAGUGUGUGUUUUUUGUGAUGACUUACUUUCGAAACUACUACACUGCUGGUAGUUAGUUGGAAUCUGUUAGUGCGAAAGAGCAAAAUGGCCUGCUCUGAAAAAUUCAACAAUAGGCCCCCGAAAAUUUUCUUUCAGCAUCGACGUUCACUUUAGGCAUAAAGCCAACACUUGAUGGGUUCUAACAUCAGCUAUCUAACUAACGUACAUCAACUAUAUAAUAAGCAGCCUUAAUUAUAUGCGUGUUCUCUGUUAUAUGAACGCUUGUGGUGAGUUAGCAAACUGUUUUACAUCUAUUAGCUGAGCUAACUUGAAGUUCCGCUUUGGACCUGUUCGAUUCAUACAUAAUCAUAAUAAGGCUGCUUACUGGAUUGCAAGUGUUGAUACGUUUGUGGUCGUAGAAAAUAUGUGAAUCGUACGCAUUGGAGUCGAGGAUCUUUAGCGCGUUAGCCUUUCGUUAGAGAUCCUUUUUCGCAGUAGACCAACGGACAAUGUUCUUCAGUUUCCCUACACUACCAUGUUAUAGACCUCGAACGUAUCCUAAGCAUGUACUCGCACCACAAUCUAUAUGAACGCUCAUCUACACCUAUAUUGCAAUAUACACACGCAGGGUUCUAUGUUAAAAUGUUUUCAACGUAAUGGUCUCGUCCAUUUUCCAUAAUUUGGUUGUCGGCAAGCAUGCGCAACAAGCGUUUUCAAGGUCUUGCAUCUCACAUAGUUAGACUUUCUAAUAGAAUUAUCCGUAUCUUAUUUGAAACAACUAGCUAAUACGUGUACAAGUAAGUGCAAGAAGUAUUUUAAAGAGGUUGUCAAUAAAAAAAACACUGAUAAAGUCUUUCAAUUCUGUCUUUGUGUGUAGUUCACCCUUGCAGCCAGCUAGAUGCUCGCGGUAUUUUUUUAGAUUUGUCAUCUUCAAUUGGUUAAACUGAGUUUUACUGGUUGCCCGAAGGACGACGUUGCAAAGAAGAUUUGAACUAUACAAAAUAACUAAAUAUAUAUAUAUAUGUAUAUAUAUAUAUAUAUAUAUAUAUAUAUAUAUAUAUAUACAUUAUAACUGAGAUUUUAGUAAGGUUUGCCUCAGUAAAAAAAAUACGUUCGCUAAAUGGUUCAUCGAUGUUGUCAGCAUGCACAUAUAUAUAUAUAUAUAUAUAUAUAUAUGCACAUAAAAAGGAUGUACUUACAUGUCGCACAUAAUGCAAACUACCUAUGGGGCGAAACAAUCUGUACUAUAGGAUUGAUGCAGAUAUAAAACAAGCUUGGCGCGCAGAGUUUAAAGGCAGGCGUUGACCGUGCUGUGAGAUAUACUACGACUAAUAACGUGUAUAUUAACGGAUUUACAUUCACAGAUCAUUACGACAAUGAUUUUUAAACAUGUUUGUUAAUAAGAGGCCCGAGCUGGUGUUUAAACUGAAGUGUCACUUCAAUAUAGUUGUUAAUAAA